AUGCGCCUGCUAGAUACCUCCAACGUCACGCUGCACGAAUUUGACAGUCACCGAGCGCCCGUAUACGCCAUUGUCUCUCAUCGCUGGACAGACGAAGAAGUAACAUAUCAAGACUUCCUGUCUGGAAGGAAUCGAGAUGGAAAAGGGUGGCAAAAGAUCAUUCAAGGCUGUCGGAUCGCCCGUCUUCGCAACAUUAAGUGGCUAUGGAUCGAUACAUGCUGCUUGGACAAGCACAGCAGUGCAGAAUUGACGGAAUCAAUCAACUCAAUGUUCAACUACUACAAAAAUUCUAAGCAGUGUUAUGCCUUCCUGCCUGACGUCGAAGUUCAGCAAUCAGAUCCAGUGUUCUACGACCAAUUGCAGAACAGCACCUGGUUCACUAGAGGCUGGACACUGCAGGAGCUAUUGGCAUCGAGCCUGGUCAACUUCUACAACGCGAAGUUCCAGCUCAUUGGUGUCAAAACACGGGAAAGUUCCUUCUGCGAGGCGCUAUCGAAGAUCACGGGAAUCGGCAUUACAUAUUUGCAGCGUCCCCGUGAACUCCGCUUGGCCAGUAUCGCAGAGCGAAUGCGAUGGGCAUCGUUGCGUGAGACAACUAGAGUCGAAGACAUGGCGUACUGUCUCCUGGGCAUCUUCGACGUCAACAUGCCUCUAAUCUAUGGAGAAGGCCGGAAAGCCUUCACACGACUUCAACUAGAGAUAAUCUCAAAAUCAGAAGACGAGAGCAUCUUCGCAUGGACUUCGGACAAACCCUUAUGGAAAGGACUUUUGGCUCCCUCGCCGUAUGCAUUUGCUGGCCACGAAGCAAUCGAACAACGUGACAUCUUCCAGCGCGCUCCAUACUCAAUGACUAACAAGGGACUUCAGCUUUCUCUCCCUGUCCGG